AUGUUCGACCUGUGGGGAAUGUCAAUGAAUUCAGGCGAUGACAUUGCGGGCAUCGUGCAUGCUGUAGGGCCAGAUGUGGUAGAUUUCCGACCGGGAGACCGUGUCGCUGGCUUCUACAAACCAUGUACCCCAAAUGGAAGUUUCGCAGAAUAUGCGAUGAUUGAGACCAAUACUGCGUGGCUUGCCGUUAAGAGCAAUAUCCAUCGUAUCAUUUGGAUUGCUGGGAGCCCGAAACAAUACCUGGAAGACUUCAUCGACCGUAGCCAAGGGGACACAAUUCUUGAUUACCGCGACUCCGAGGAUGACAUUAAAGAAGGUGUUCAGAAUGCCGCAGGCGGACGUACGAUCCUGCAUGCGAUCGAAAAAGUAUCAAGCGAAAGAAGCGCGCACAUCAUGGCCGAGACUAUGGGCACUGGCGGCCAUAUUGCUCUUGUGCUUUUUGAGAAAGAAUACACUGACAUUCCAAGUCAUGUCAAACACAACAAGCAUAAAGCAUCAGUCAUGCAUGAAGGAGAGAAGGAUUUUGGUCUAGUGAUCUCGAGAUUUGUAGGGAGAGAUUUACAGGAAGGCUGGUUCAAGCCGCAGAGGCAUGAGGUGGUGCCAGGCGGACUCAACGGCGUCAUCACAGCGUUUGAGCGAUUGAAGUCAGGCGAAGCCCAUGCCAUGAAUAAUUCAAAAACGGUUUAG